AUGGCCGAAUUACUCCUUCCCGAGCCAUUCGCCAGCAUCCCUCGGGAACCGCUGACUUUCGGCCCUUCCCCCAUCCAACCUCUCCCCCGCAUCUCUCAAGCUCUGGGUGGAAAGGUCAAUGUCUUCGCCAAGCGCGAGGACCUCAACUCUGGUCUUGCCUUUGGAGGCAACAAGACCAGGAAGCUAGAAUACCUCCUCCCCGACACCAUCUCCCAAGGGUGCGACACCCUCGUCUCGAUAGGUGGCAUCCAAUCCAACCACACGCGCCAAGUCGCCGCCGCCGCUGCAAAACUCGGCCUGCACGCCGCUCUCGUCCAAGAACACUGGGUACCCGACUGGAUGGAUCCCGGCUACGAACAAGUCGGCAACAUCCAACUCUCGCGGCUCAUGGGGGCUGACGUCCGGCUUGAACCGCUAGCCGGGUUCGGGAUCGAGCAUAAGCAGACGUUGGCGAAACUCAAGGAUGACCUGGAGAAGGAAGGGAGAAAACCAUAUUAUAUCCCGGCUGGAGCAUCGGAUCAUCCCCUGGGAGGAUUGGGGUUUGCGAGGUGGGCGUUUGAGGUUGUCGCGCAGGAGGAGGAGUUGGACGGGGUUUAUUUCGAUACGGUGGUUGUUUGUGCGGUAACGGGGUCGACGAUGGCGGGGAUGGUUGCCGGGUUUAAACUUGUUGAGAAGUUGGAACGGGAGAAGAAUGGAAGUGGGAAUGUUAGGAAGAGGAGGGUGAUUGGGAUUGAUGCUUCAGCCAAGGUUGAGCAGACGAGGGCGCAGGUGUUGAGGAUUGCGAAGCAGACUGCCGUGAAAAUCGGGUUGAAAGAGGAGGAUAUCACCGAGGAGGAUAUCGUGCUGGAUGAUCGGUACCAUGCGGGAGUUUAUGGCGUGCCGGAUCAGAGGACGAUUGAGGCUAUCAAGUUUGGGGCGAGGACGGAAGCGUUUAUUACUGAUCCCGUGUAUGAGGGGAAGAGUCUGGCGGGCAUGAUGGAUAUGAUCAAGAAGGGGGAGAUUGAGGAGGGCAGCAAUGUGCUGUAUGCGCACCUUGGUGGACAGCUGGCGUUGAAUGCAUACUCGGCUUUGGGGUUAGAAUAA